AUCUCAAACGCAGAAUAUUUUGAAAAUUUCAAAGGGGAAUUGGAUUAAAAAAUGAAAACCAGUGUUCAUGAGGGGGUUUUCCUCUCUUGAUGCUUGUGUGUCUCAGCUACAGAGAAGCCAGUGAAAAGGGGAGACUGUGUGGAAUGAAGGAAAAGAGGAGGAGAUAAAAAAGGAGCAGAGAGAGAGACUGGCUGGGGGUAAAAAAACAACAGGAAACCGGCCAAUUCUAAUGCUGUUUCUGCAAAUCCUUCAGAGAUAAAGCAGCGGACCGCCACGUCCGAGCAAACCGGCGCUUACACCAUGUCUUUUCUUUGGUCAGCUCCUGUAGCUGGAACAAUCUAAAGGACUUUAACUUUCGAGAGUGACGUCACUUCUGCUCUCAGCCUCCAACAGUGUGGUUAGGCAGAAUGUGAGCGGAUGCAGACUUUUGGGAGCUGUUUGCUGGGAUUUCUGUGUGGCUUCUUUCUGACCUGCAAUCUCAACCUUUUCUCGAGGUCAUAUGGAUCAGUCGCCGUGCUUUCAAGGAACCUUUUGUUUUACUCAUCUGGACCACUAACUGGAGCCACAUGAAGAAUAAAGGAACUAAGCUGAAGCCCAAAAAGAAAGGAAGUGAAAAUGCGUUCGGCUGUGACCUGAUAGAACAUCUCCAGAGUUCAGGACAAGAUGUUCCUCAGGUUCUGAAGAACUGCGCGGAGUUUAUUGAGAAACAUGGGAUUGUGGACGGGAUCUACAGACUGUCGGGGGUCACCUCAAACAUCCAACGUCUCAGGCAGGAAUUCAGUUCUGAGGCGUGCCCUGACCUUACAAAGGAAGUGUACCUCCAGGACAUCCACUGUGUGGGUUCCUUAUGUAAGCUGUACUUCAGGGAGCUUCCCAAUCCUCUGCUCACAUACGAGCUAUACAGCAAAUUCACUGAGGUUGUCUCAGUCCAAGGGGAUCAUGAGAGACUUUUAUACAUCCAAAAGGUCAUCAAAGAACUGCCGACUCCUCACUUCAGGACUCUGGAGUACCUGACUAAGCACUUGGCCCACCUCGCCACCUUAAGCACUCAGACGAACAUGCACACACGUAACCUGGCUCUGGUGUGGGCUCCAAAUCUGUUAAGAUCUAAAGACAUCGAGUCUUCAUCUGGUAACGGAGACAUGGCUUUCCAGGAGGUGCGGAUACAGCAGUCGGUGGUUGAGUUUAUUUUAAACCACACGGAGCAGAUCUUCAGUGGUGAUUCUGCACAAAUUAAACCCAAAGAAGGACCGAGCUUGAUGUGUGGAGAGAAGUAUGCGACACUUCCCAUCAGCGGUCAGUGCGGGCCGAUGAAACUGAUGAGCCUGGAAGAAGCUCAGGCUCGAUCCUUAAGUCCAAACCAUCCCGUGCAUAAAGAACGUCAGCGGGAGAACAGUCUGCCCGACACCAGCACUGCCACGCUCUAUCACACCGUCAUAGACAUAUCAGACAACAAGAGAAAGUUUUCUGGGAAAUCAAAGAAGUGGAAGUCAAUCUUCAACCUGGGAAGGUCUGUGGACUCAAAAGGAAAACUGAGCCGGAACGGGAGCGUGUUCAUCAGAGCACAGGGGAUAACAGAAAAGGCAGCUCUUCGUCCAUCCAGGAGCAUGGAGUCGUUGUGCUCCUUACCAACAGAUGAUGACAGAACAGGAAGCAAUAGUCCAGCUGGUGGACCAGGAAGUAUUUUCAUUCCAGAUGUAAAAUCCAGAACGCUGGGAUCCGACUCGCUCUACGACCUGAGCGAACACGACCAAAACUGGGAGUUUAAAGGGAAGAAGGCUGGUGGGGCAACAGGUGGCUGGAGCGCUAGUGUGAACCAGAAGGGGUCACCUGGUGCUUCAGCGCCUCCUCAGAAAUCCCUACCUGAGCAGCUUAAGGUGUUCAAAGGUGAUGACGGCGGCGGCUACAAGCCCACCUCUCCGAAAAACAGGAGGAUGUUGUACUCAGGCAACAACAAUAGCUCCUCCCGGCCCUCCUUUCCAGGAAGCUUCUUCCCCCUGGAGUCCUCGCCGAGGCAUCAGCGCCGGGCCGUCAACAUAUCUGAACCUUUUGCUGUGUCCGUACCUCUGCGCGUGUCGGCUGUUAUCAGCUCCAACAGCACGCCGUGCAGGGGGCUCACCAAAGACAAAGCAGCAACACUGAAACCCUGCAAGGAGACCUCGGAGCACAGCAGCAACAGUGGAAAAAGCAACACUUUCCCCCUACUGGAACCAAAGAAGCAGGAAGGAGCAGAGAAGAAAAACAGUGAGGAGCUGACCUUUAGAGUAUCACCACAGGAUACAAAAAAGGAGGUGAUGCAAGAAGGUAAAGCAGGGAGGAAUAUUUCUGAACUGGAACCGCCAUCUCUCGCCAACGCAAGAGAAGGCAAAGAUGCAGCGCCAUCUUCUGGGAAAGAACCGCACAACCAGCCCACAGAUACACAACUGGACAAAGGAUCUUCUACUGGGAAAGAGCUGUGGUCUGACCUCCACCAAGAGCUGAAGAUAACUGAACCUGAAAUCGACCUGCUGCAUGAGACGUUCAAACCAGUUUUUGUCUCAGCGAGCGAGAACACGAAGUUAACGAUGGACGUGAAGUCGAAGCGAAGCCGCAGCUCUCCGUCUCUGUCUUUGCUGUGCAGGGAGCAGUCUUCAAACACCUCUCUGGGCGAUCACGUAACCGCCACUGGAUCCAACGCUGCGAAGAAACAGCCCUCAGAGUCGGACAUCUUGCUUUCUCUUCGCAAAACCGUCGACGUGAUUUCUGGCAGAAAGACAGAAAACGUCCGACCUGCUGACGUAGAGGAUGAGAAAGAGAAGCAACUGCAAAAAGAAGCCGCGCCCUUAAAGAAAGAUGAUCAAGUUUACACUAAGCAACUUCCUGUAAAAGAAACCAGCUCAGAUCAAGCAACAAAUCCUCUGACAAUAGAGGACGUUCCAGUGGUCGCAAGCUUCUCAGGUGCUGAAAAUGUAGACAGGAAAUCUCAUGGGAUUCCUCAAGAGCAACCGAAAACCUCCUGUGACGGAGCGAAGAAAGGUGUGAAUCCCGAGGAGGUCAUUCAGAGGCUUUCAUUGUGUUUGAAGGAGAGACGUAACACCUUGGAGCUGCCGAACCUCGACGAAGAUGAAGGAUGUGGAGGAAACUCUGAGGAGCUGGACUUGGUGGAGCCCUGGGAGGAUCUUAGCUCCACCAAGCAGUGGGUCACCAGCCCUCUGCACUCCCCUGACGUGGAGGAGCUCUUCAACCAGCUGUCACCCUUCAGCCCACACGGGGAAGCUCUGAGCUCAGAGGCGGGAAAGAUUUCAUCUCCUCCAGCUGAUAACAACAAACAAUCCCUCUCUAAGAGCACUGAUCGCUUCUCAGGAAACUUUCCCACCAGCAGCAAACCAGACGCUAAAUGGACGUAUUUGCCGUCAGUACCCACACGGAUGAGUGUGAACAGCAACAACCCGACACAACCUCAGACAGGGAAAUGCAGCACAACCAAACAGAAGAACACAGUCUCAUCUCAGAGGUUUAGCCGACAAAUGUCUUGUGAGGCAGCUGUUUCGGAGAGAAGGGAGGAAAACUGCUUCUCUAAGCACAGGCCCUUCUCUCUGAACUUAGACAUGGGGCACCGAUACAUCAGAGACAUUUCCAAUCAGCAAAACCGUAAUUCGUCCGAGUUUUCUCCUUGUCAGAGACAAGCCUCGUCUGGACCCGUAAACAACGGGCUGCCCUCGGAGCUGGAGCUGUUUCUGAACGACCGGCAGGCGCCCCUUCGCCGAAAUUCUGCCCCCGUCAGCGUGUCGUCCGUGAGGACGGCCUUCAUGAUUAAAACGUGCCAGGCCAAAGCUGUGCCCGUCAUCCCUCCCAAGGUGCAGUACAGCCAGAUCCCUCACUCCAGACAUGAGAAUGACUUCGACGCAGUGAAGGAGCAAGAAAAGGAAUAUCCUAAAAUGAUUGCAGAGAAAAGUAACUCUGCGCCUCCUCCGAUGAUGUCAGAUCUGAAGGAGGAGCUGGAGAAUAAAGAGCCAGGCCCCAAACACCAAAAACACCCAAAUGUUGAAAAACCUGCUGAGUCAGGGAAGACCACAUCCACCCCAGAGCUGCCCGUCAUAACCAGGAGACACGCACCCAGUCUGGAGGUGUUUGUUGAUUGUCCCAGACCCAGCAGAGGGAAUCUCCUCCAAAGACCCUCCUUCAGGAACAGACAGAGGCCUCAGAGUCUGAUCCUGCUCAGCCCUCCUUUUCCCAUCAUGGACUAUCCACCGUCGGGGGACGACGGGAAACUCCUCAAGAGCCUGAACGACACGUCAGCAGUGAAUGUCUUUUCUAAAGAAAUGGCGGAGAAUUUCAGGACGCCGGAGGGGAUCAGCCUUCAAAAUAAAAUGACUAUUCCAAAAAGCGGGCAGAGACUGGAAACCUCAACCAGCUGCUUCUACCAGCCGCAGAGACGCUCCAUGAUAUUUGACAGCAGGAGCCACAGACAGAUAGAGUGACCGGAGGUGCACUCAGACCGGGUGUAUGUAAAUAGAUGCAUAAGGAAUCGGUGGAAACUGAGAGGAAGACGAUGUGAUGACCUGUUGUAAAUCAGUGGAUUUUUGUUUGCAGUGAUUCACACAUUCCUACAAAGAUGAAGUAUUGGUUCAGAUAAAAAGGCUGAUUAAAACAGGAGGUUUCUGAGAAAGAGGAAGAGGAAGCCAUGACGUGUGAGAGACUGAGGUCUGGGCUGCAACUAAGAAUAGUUUCGUUAUUCAUAAGUCUGCUUGUUUUUUUCUCAUUUAGUCGAUUGAACGUUUGGUCUAUAAAUUAUCAGAAAAUACCGUUAGUUUGCUGUCAGUCGACUUCUUGUUUCGACUCUACUGGGAUCCAUGUAGGAAAUGUUUUUAAUCGUGACUUGCGAAUGACGUUUAGUUUCAUUUUAGGGUUAAGUUACAACGUUGUGAGUCAAGCUUGUUCUGAAUGGGAUUGGGAUGUGGGGAGUUUGGCGGCCUUGUUCGUGGUACAUGGCAGAGUAACACCCACAUGACCGCCAGGGUUCCCAGCAGAACACUGCAUCGUAAAUGAGGUGAUUUACUUCACCUGUCAGUGGUUUUAAAGUUGUGGAUAAGAAUGAACGAUUUCUACCUUCUCACACAGAUAGUGUGUGGUGCUACACAGUCGCAGUAUAUCACUGCCAGAUCUUCUCACAAGAUUUAGAAUACAGCGUCUGCCAAAAACUGUGAAGCUCACAUCUGUUAACUAACAAAUUUGGAGCUGGGAAGCAUUUGUUGUGGAGGAAACACUGCCAGACUUUAUACUAAGUAUUUAGAGAGAGAUGGAGCCUGAAAGUUCGUUUUUCACCUUGGAAACAGAAAAAAAACAGUCGUAACUCAGUUCACUUCGGGUCCAGUAAUUAUCUUUAACAAGAGGUUUCAUCCAGUGGUGGAAGACGUCCCAGCUUUACUCGUGUAGAAGUUACACUGUUUAAAAAAACCCCAAAUGUGUUCUAUUUAAAAUGAACCAUCCCUUAAAAUCCUGCUAAAAUUAAAAGUAUUAUCAGCAAAAUAUAUUACAAUUAUUUAUUUUGCUAUAAACUAUCCCUGUGAGCUGUGUUUUAUGGAAUAUGACAAUAUUAGGUUGUUCAUAUUGAUGCAACAAAGUGGAAGUAAACUAGUUUAGUCCAGUGGGAGACAUGUUGGCUACAUCUGAGGGGUCAGAGAUGAUAAAUGAGGAAAGAAUGAAGAGCAAAGAAGUUUUAUUGUAGAAAGUGGCAUCCAUAUUUGGGACUUAAAAUAUAACUGGUUUAGAUGUAGUGAAGCAAAGAGUGCAGUUCUUCCAUCUGAAAUGUGGUGGAGGAGAACAGUAAGGACGUAAAAUGGGGGGAAAAGAGUUACAAUUUUAGAGAAGUACAGUUAUUGAGUCGAUCAUCGUUCCCAUCAGCAGUUUUAAUCACAUCUCACGUGUUUUCCUCUGUGGGUGGAUGUUACUCAGUUGUCCAGGAGAAAAUUCAGGAGAACAGGAACCUGUAGUUUAGGUAGAAAUGUAAGAUUUAAGACUAAACCUUUUAUGUAUUGUUUGUCAAAUUCAGGAACAUUUGUUUUAUAUCGUUUACUAGAGCCUGUGAACUAAUGAACUAUUCCAGGUUUCCUUAAACCAAAAAAAAGAGUUCAUCAGGCUACGUGAAAAUGCUUGUGUCAAAUCAGGAGGCUCUACAGUAUUUAGAUGGAUUCUGCUGCAGCUCACAUCUACUUCUAGAAAAAUCCAAUUAUAGUCAUUGUAGACAAACAAACCAGUCAUAGUGUCAGAGUAGGAAUUGUUCAUAUUUUCAUGUCUGAGCUGAAUUCAUCCUCAAGGACUCUGAAUAUCUGAAAUGUACAGUAAAGGUUAGCAAAAAUGAAAGUGUUAAACUGAAGAACUGACAACUGAACUGUCAAACAACCAUGAAUCUGAGUUUAUUUAUUCCUUUAUUAACGUACACGUGCUAUAAAGUAAACUUGAUACUUACACUAUAUACUGUAUGUAGCGACCGGCUCUGUGAUAAGCUGACGUCAAUGUGACUUUUUUUUAAAAAAAACAACAACUAAUAUUUAAAAGAACAAUUUCUAUUUCUGAUUUAAAUACAUCAGAAGCUCAAUUAAUAGUAUUUAGCCACAGAAGGACUUUAAUUCAUACAUAUCUUGAUUUUCUGUAAUUGCUUUGGACUUUAUUGCAGGUUUUGUUGGUGCUGUUGUUUUCUUUUUCUUUUUUUGGACAAUCUUGGAAAAACAGCAUUUGAUGAUAUCAGAAGUGGAAUUCUGGAGCUGCUCAUCAGACAGUGAACUGAAGGUUGGACUUUGUGCGUGUCGACUGUAUUCAAUGCGUUUGGACGUUGAUGGUGCCUUGAAAUCUCCAGAUUUUUCCUCACUUUUCUUCUCAUUUGGAUCUGAUGUAGUUUCCUUGGAUGCCAUUUUUUGGGGGGUGAACACCAUAAACGCAACAGUUUGGAUGCUACAUUGUAUUUAAGAUAACUUGGAUGUUAUUGAAGUCACAGUGAUUUUAUACUGUUUGGAUGGACUGGCUGAAUGACUACAGUGUUAUUUGCAAAAAAAAAAAAAAAAGAAAGUUUGGAUGUUAACAGAGAUUGAAGUGUUUUUAUUUGUUUUGUAACUCCUGUAUGUUUGUUGAUACUGAAACUGACUGACUGAACCGUGUGUAUUCAUAGGAAAAACACCUGAACUGAGAAUUCUGAGGUGAGAGUUUGGCUUGAAUUAUCGGAUGGUGGCACCUGAAGUAAUGUACAUAAGACGCUUGAUGAGUUUUGUUACAACAAAAAGUUAUGGGAAUAAAUAAGUUCUAAAAAUCACAUGAA